AUGGCAGAAAUUCCAAUUUGGGUCGAGAAAUUCAGUGAUGCGUUCCUGGUUUGGAAUCUAGAGGAGGUUAAAAGCUUGCGCGAAAACUAUAGGAUCGUCGGCAGUUUCGUUGGAUGUCUUUCACAGUGCACACAGCAAAAUUACCAACUCGGUCUUCCGUUGAUGCUCAGCAGCGUAGAAGUUGGGCUCCUUUUAAAAAAUGAAGACGAGGGCAAAGAUAAGCCUGAUGCCGUUGUUGAGCAGUCUUCGGUUACUGGAGCGGAAAGCGAUGGCGACAUCGAUGCCACACGAAUUGUCGAACCCGAUUCUUUACCGUUGAAGAACCUAAUCGUUCCUAUCGCUAAUCGGAACCCAUUUGCCACCGACGAGUUUUACGAUGAAAUGUCAUUCAACGACUUCCUCCCGAGCAUAGACAGAGUUAGAUUUCCGGUAUUCACAGAUUUGCACAACAGAGGCUAUUACAUUACAUCCGGUCUGAAGUUCGGCUGCGACUAUUUGCUGUAUCCUGGGGAUCCCCUGGCUUUUCACGCAUCGCAUCUGGUCCACUGUGCGAAAAGAUCUAAGCAGUUCAGGGCGCGUGACUUGCUGUCAUGGUGUAGACUCGGUACGCAAGUGAAAAAGAUUGUUUUGCUGUGCUCGGUUGAUGACGAAUCGAACGUUGCUUACACAUCGCUGAAAUGGGAUCAUACGAGCUAG